UCAAACUUUCAAGACUCUUCUCCAUGCUUCCCUUCUCUCUUUUGCCCUCUAGCUCUAUAUAUUCACAAUCCCAAGCUCCUUAAUCAGCAUAUCUAGAAAGCAAACUAUUGUGUACAGCCGCCACUUCCACUAGCCACAGUUUCUUUGGUUGUCACUUGGUGCAUAUAUUUGUUUUUACUUAGCAAUGGCUUCGUCAACAUUGUCUUGGUCAUCUGCACCUUUGUUGUCAAGCAAAGGCGAAGUUGUGCCUUCAACUAAGCCUAUAACUCCUUGCUCAGUGUCCUUUCCAUCAAGGGGUGGCUUUGGCAAGAGUACUAGUAAGCCUUCAAGGUUGGCUUUGGUGAGAGCAGAAGCUGCUGGUGAUCACAAGGAUACUUCAGUGGACGUGCAUGUCAAUCAGCAAGGAAACAUCCAAGGGACAGCAGUUGAGAGAAGGCCUCGAAAAUUAGCUGUUGAUGUCUCCCCAUUCGGUUUGUUGGAUCCAUUGUCACCAAUGAGGACAAUGCGUCAAAUGCUGGACACAAUGGACCGACUGUUCGAUGAUGCACUGACAAUUCCUAGCAGCAGGAACAGGGAAGGAGGAGUGGUGCGUGCACCAUGGGAAAUAAAAGAUGAGGAGCAUGAGAUCAAGAUGAGGUUUGACAUGCCAGGACUGUCUAAGGAGGAUGUCAAGGUCUCAGUCGAGGAUGAUGUGCUUGUUAUUAAAGGAGAGCACAAGAAAGAAGAAACUGGCGAUGAUUCAUGGUCUAGUAGCAGCGUCAGCUCUUAUGAUACCCGGCUUAGGCUACCGGAUAAUUGCGGAAAGGAUAAGAUCAAGGCUGAGUUGAAAAAUGGAGUUCUGUUCAUUAACAUUCCUAAGACCAAAGUUGAACCUAAUGUCAUUGAUGUACAAAUCCAGUGAAAGAUUUUAUAAGAAGCCUGUACCACGUAUAGUGCUUUUGUUUUGAAAGAACUUUCAGUCCUUGUAUUGUAUUUGAAAAUGUAAUGUCUUGCUUCUUCUUUUUCUCAA